GAGGGCCGCACGGUCGCUGGGCAGUGAUAAAGAUGUGGCGGGGGCAAAGGAAGAGAAAGGCUGAGGCCGCGGAGCCGCCACGCGCGUCUCGGAGGAGGAUGAAGGGAGAGAAGGAGGAGGAAGAAAAGGAGGCGGUGCAUGAGGCCCGGCGGAGGACGGCCCCGUCCGUGCGAGAGUUCAAGUACAACAAGAAGCGGGUUCGCCUCGUCUCGCAGGGCGAUGAUCUGAAGGAGGAUGCUCGGUGCAUCCUUUACUGGAUGUCCCGGGACCAGCGGGUGCAAGAUAACUGGGCUUUCCUCUACGCCCAGCGCCUGGCCCUCAAACAGGAGCUGCCUCUGCACGUCUGCUUCUGCCUGGUGCCCAAAUUCCUGGAUGCCACCAUCCGCCACUAUGACUUCAUGCUGAGGGGCCUGCAGGAAGUGGCCAAGGAGUGUGAAGAGCUGAACAUCCCCUUCCACAUGCUGCUGGGCUACGCCAAGGACGUGCUGCCCACAUUUGUGGUGGAGCACGGCGUGGGUGGGCUGGUGACAGACUUCUGCCCCCUCCGCCUGCCCCGGCAGUGGGUGGAAGACGUCAGGCAGCGGUUGCCAGAGGAUGUGCCAUUUGCACAGGUUGAUGCCCACAACAUUGUGCCUUGUUGGCUGGCCUCCUCCAAGCAGGAGUACAGCGCCUGGACCUUCCGUGGCAAGAUCAACACUCAGAUCCCUGAGUUCCUCACAGAGUUUCCUCCCAUCAUUCAUCAUCCAUAUCCCCCCUCCUGCCUGGCAAAGCCCAUCGACUGGGAGGCCUGUUAUUCCAGCUUGCAGGUGGACCGCACGGUGAAGGCGGUGGAGUGGGCGACCCCCGGCACGGCCGCAGGGCUGGCUGUGCUCCAGUCCUUCAUCUCCCAGAGGCUGAAAUCCUUCGGUGCCCACCGCAACAACCCCAACAAGGAGGCUCUCAGCAACCUGUCCCCAUGGUUCCACUUUGGCCAGGUUUCCACCCAACGAGCCAUCCUGGAGGUGCAGAAGCAGCGGAGCAAGUACAAAGAGUCAGUGGAUGUGUUUGUGGAGGAGGCCGUGGUGCGGCGGGAGCUGUCUGAAAACUUUUGCUACUACAAUGACAAGUACGACAGCGUGCAAGCUGCCUACAGCUGGGCACAAACCACCCUGAAGCUCCACGCCAAAGACAAGAGGCCUUUUCUCUACAAGCUGGAAGAGCUGGAGCAGGGGACCACACAUGACCCGCUCUGGAAUGCUGCCCAGCUCCAAAUGGUCCGGGAGGGCAAGAUGCACGGCUUCCUGCGGAUGUACUGGGCCAAGAAGAUCCUGGAGUGGACCCACUCCCCUGAGGAGGCCCUGCAGUUUGCCAUCUACCUCAAUGACCGCUACGAGCUGGACGGGAGGGACCCCAAUGGAUACGUGGGCUGCCUCUGGUCCAUCUGUGGCAUCCACGACCACGGCUGGACGGAGCGGGCCGUCUUCGGCAAGAUCCGCUACAUGAACUACGCCGGCUGCAAGCGCAAGUUCAAGGUGGAUCAGUUUGAGCGUCGCUACGCCCCACAAACGCUCUCCCAGUGAUGGACACAGCAUGCCUUGAGAUUGCUCAUGCCUCUCUAGUGCUGGGGGCAUGGGGGCCUUUGCCAAGGUGCCAGCUUGCACCUUCCGCCCAGGGCUGGCCCCGGGUGCUGUUGCAGGGCGCACUGUAACCAUGACAAGCCCCACAGCCCUGCAGGUUUCUUCUCUGCCAUCGCCCCCUGCUCGAGCUGCUGCGCUGGGGCUGCUGCUGGGGCUGUGUGUGUUCGCUGGCAGCCGCACAAGCCCAUCCUCAGUGUUCCUGUACCUGCCACAAACCUUUUCUACAACUCCCUGGGACUAAGCCCAAGUGGCCAUUGAAACUCCUGCUGUGCUGCCCCCAGGGAAGCCCUGCCCCGCUCCACACAGAGCCCGUGCUCUGUACACAUGUCCUCCAGCCCUCGUGUUAAAGCUUCCAGUUUGUACCUCUCAUGUCUCUGGUGU